GAAGCUGUUCCUAUUUAUUUGCUUCAGUCUACUUCAAAAGCUGCAGUUCUCUCCUCUCUUCAGUUUUGGACCUUUUAGUUUCUGCCUUCUACAUCGUAGCAUUUUUCUAAUAGUCCUGCAUUCCGUACACCACCAUGUGGAAAGCAACAACGGGCCACAACAAGUCACUUCAAAUCGAGGCGGAUGAUGACGAUUGGGACACUGAUGCUGACUUCGUCAAUGAUGUGUCAGAGAAGGAGCAGCGAUGGGGUUCAAAGGCCAUCGAGGGCUCCGGUCGCCAAGAGGCCUUCAGCAUGGAUAAGCUCCGAGGUGGUGUAGUAAACGAUCAUGCCGAGAAGACCAAAGAAGCCACUCCAAACUUCGCAGCCGGCUAUGGUGGUAAAUAUGGUGUUCAGGCCGAUCGGAUGGACAAAUCGGCUGUUGGUCACGAUUAUGCAGGAAAGACGGAAGCUCACGCUUCGACCAAGGACAUGAAACAAGGUUUCGGUGGCAAAUAUGGUGUGCAGAAAGACCGAAUGGACAAAUCCGCUAUGGGCCACGAUUACGAAGGCAAGACAGAAGCUCACGCGUCCACCAAGGAUAUGAAGCAAGGCUUCGGUGGUAAGUUUGGUGUUCAAACGGAUCGUAUGGACAAGUCUGCAGUUGGCCAUGACUACAAAGGCCAGACAGAGGCCCAUGCGUCCACUAAGGAUAUGAAGCAUGGAUUUGGCGGAAAGUAUGGUGUACAGACAGAUCGUGUUGAUAAGUCUGCUGUAGGGUAUGAUUCCAUGGAAGCUACUCAGGGCACAUCGUACAAGAAAGCUGAAAUCGUUGGCAGUGGUGGCGCGUCCAGUGCCCGCAGUAAGUUUGAAUCCAUGGCCAAGUCCGACAACAAACCGCCCAAACCGUCCGCUGGCAAACCUGCCCCGGUCAAGCGAGGAUCGGCAACUGGCAGCAUUGCCAGCCGUUUCGAGAACAUGUCGCAGACGGACAAGGCCGAUGAAGAGAGACAGCGCAAACAAGAGGAGCGGCGGCGUGAGAUUGCUGAGAGCCGUGCUGCGGCAGACAAGCAGCGCAAGGAACAAGAGGCAAGGCGGCAAGUCGAGGAAGAGCAGCGUCGUGCGGAAGAAGAGCAACGGCGACAGGAGCAAAUGGCAGCUGCGGCAGAGCAAGAAGAAGAGGAGAGACGGCGAAUGCAAGAACAGUGGGAGCGGGAGGAAGAGCAGCGCCGUGUCCAGCAACAGGAAGAAGAAGACCGUCGUGUUUGGCAACAGGAGGAAGAAGAGCAGAGGCGCCUUGCUGAGGAGGAGCGCUAUGCACAGGAACAAGCUGAGGAGGAGCGCUAUGCACAGGAACAAGCUGAGGAGGAGCGCUAUGCACGGGAACAAGCUGAGGCUGAGCAACAACAAUACCAGGAGUCGGCUGAGGCUGAGUAUCAGCAGGAGGAAGGGGAGGCCGACGGCGGUGAAGUUGAAGGCGAAGGCUUCUCUUGCACAGCUGUCUAUGAUUAUCAGGCCGGAGAUGUCGACGAGAUCAGCUUUGACCCCGGUGAGAUCAUCACCAACUGUGUUGUGGUUGAUGAUGGCUGGUGGCAGGGCAGCUGUCGAGGCCACUACGGCUUGUUCCCGGCCAACUAUGUAGAGGCAAACGAGUAAAUGUCUGCGACGUCUACAAACUCCCCAAUCACGCUACUAGAAACAUUCACAUGAUAGAGUUAAAUCAGUAACCCCCGCCCCGCAGCCCGUCCUAGCAUUCUAUUUGAAUUUUCCUACACAUGACCUCCGGCGUCGUGUGAAGAAGCACUGACGUCAUCCCUAGGCAGCGGCUUUCUCAGCGCGGCCGGGCGAUAUAUCGUGCCCAGCUCAGCGUCCUGUGUGUGCGCUAGUCCUAGUAAUGCAGCCCAGUGAUCCUGUAGUUACUCGCUUUACUCUCCUACUUCCCGAAUGCAAGACCUGUGCAUUCAAGUGGAGAAUAUUUUUUUAAUUGUCGUAUAAAUAUUUCAAUUACCGUUAUCCUUCGAGUCGAUAGUACUCUACCUGCCGUCUUCCACCCUCUCCCUGCGCUGCCGUUGUACUGUUCGUUUACUCUGUGUUGUUGUUAGUUUUCUUGCCACACAUUGCUUUGCUAUCCUUUUUCAUGAUGAAAAUGCUCUGGUCCAGGAACUUGCAGGAAGGCUAUCUUUUAUAGUGUGACAUCUCUGCCUCGGUGUCGAGUGGGCUUGCAUUCUUUUCUCCGCAUUUGUGUUGGUGUGUCCCGUAUGGUGCGCUGGUACUGGUGUGAUCAUUGCCGUCAUUUCCAAUCUGGAAGACGUGCGUCUAUUCCGCACAAGAGUUGCAUGGCUGUCUGUUGCACUUGUCCUUCAGGCUUCUUCUCAUUCUUGCCGCAGUCCUUGGACUCCAUUUGAUUCUCCUGGGUGGCUAUCAA